AUUUUUUUGCCUUAAAAAGGACUCUCUUCAUUGUCUGAGUUGGAGUUCUUUCACUCUCACCUCCAAAGCCUGGCCUUAGUCAUUUAUUUUGCCUUGUUUUGUUCAUUAACAUUGGAUUUAGUGGCUCGGCAACUUGACGCAUAUGGAAGAACAGAACAAAGUGAUCCAACAUGGUAACAGUUCAGAAUGUGACAUUCAACCGCAAGCAAAGAUGAAAAUUCUAAAGAGAAGCAGUGAUACCGUCAUAAAAUAUAGUGAAGAUGGGAGAAGAUGACAUACCUGCCAAAGAAGUGGGCUGGAAAUACCCUCUUCUCUGCCAGAUCAGGGAUGCCACUUGUUCUUUGGAAUAUACUUUAGAGAAAGGAAAGGACAAACCACCAACUUGGCUUCCUGAAACUGAAGCAUAAAUUUUCUUUGAUUUGUCUGGAUCUAAGAACCCGAUUUGGUAUUAGCUAGUGGAAGCAGUAUGUAUGGCCGAAGUGCAUUGCUGCAGCUGGUAGCAUGAGUGGUGGCCACCAGCUGCAGCUGGCUGCCCUCUGGCCCUGGCUGCUGAUGGCUACCCUGCAAGCAGGCUUUGGACGCACAGGACUGGUACUGGCAGCAGCAGUGGAGUCUGAACGAUCAGAGCAGAAAGCAAUUAUCAGAGUGAUCCCCUUGAAAAUGGACCCCACAGGCAAACUGAAUCUCACAUUGGAAGGUGUGUUUGCUGGUGUUGCUGAAAUUACUCCAGCAGAAGGAAAGUUAAUGCAGUCCCACCCUUUGUACCUGUGCAAUGCCAGUGAUGACGACAAUCUGGAGCCGGGAUUCAUCAGUAUCGUGAAGCUGGAGAGCCCUCAGCGAGCCCCUCGCCCCUGCCUUUCACUGGCCAGCAAGGCCCGGAUGGCAGGGGAACGAGGUGCCAGUGCCGUCCUCUUUGACAUCACUGAGGACCGAGCUGCUGCUGAGCAGCUGCAGCAGCCCCUAGGAUUGACCUGGCCAGUGGUGCUGAUCUGGGGAAAAGAUGCUGAGAAGUUGAUGGAAUUUGUAUACAAGAACCGGAAGGCCCAUGUGAGGAUUGAACUAAAGGAGCCCCAGAAAUGGCCUGAUUAUGAUGUGUGGAUCCUCCUGACAGUGGUGGGCACCAUCUUCGUGGUUGUCUUGGCUUCAGUGCUGCGCAUCCGGUGCCGGCCCCGCCACAGCAGACCGGAUCCCCUUCAGCAACGAACAGCCUGGGCCAUCAGCCAGCUGGCCACCAGGAGGUACCACGCCAGCUGCAGGAGGACCCGGGCAGAGUGGGCAGACUCGGGCAGCAGUUGCAGCUCCGCCCCUGUGUGUGCCAUCUGUCUGGAGGAGUUCUCUGAGGGCCAGGAGCUUCGAGUCAUUUCCUGCCUCCACGAGUUCCAUCGAGCCUGUGUAGACCCCUGGCUGCAGCAGAACCGAACUUGCCCGCUCUGCAUGUUCAACAUCGUAGAGGGAGAUUCGUUUUCCCAGUCCCUGGGUCCCUCCCGCUCUUACCAGGAACCAGGCCGGAGACUUCACCUCAUUCGCCAGCAUCCUGGCCAUGCCCACUAUCACCUCCCUGCUGCCUACCUGCUAGGCCCUUCCCGGAGUACUGUGACUCGGCCCCCAAGACCCAGGCCCUUCCUUCCUUCACAGGAGCCAGGCACGGCCCCUCGGCAUCACCGGCUCCCUAGAGCUCCACAUCUGCGGGCUACCAGUGGUGAGCAGCAGCAUCUGGAAGUGGUGCCACAUGCCUACACACUGGACUGGGGACUGAACCGCUUCGGGUGCCCCUCCCAGCACUCUGCCCCCUGCCCAGUGCCUGUGCACCGGGCCAGGCCUCACGACAGCAGUGGCUCAGGAGAAAGCUACUGCACAGAGCGCAGUGGCUACUUGGCAGAUGGACCUGCCAGUGACUCCAGCUCUGGGCCCUGCCACGGCUCCUCAAGUGACUCAGUGGUCAAUUGUACGGAUGUCAGCCUGCAGGGUAUCCACGGCAGCAGCUCCACCUUCCGCAGCUCCCUCAGCAGUGACUUUGACCCGUUGGUUUACUGCAGCCCCGAAGAGGAACCCCCUUCGGUAGCAGAGGAGACUCAUUCUUGUGUGACUGCUCGGCCCCGUUCCUUGGACUCAGUGGUACCCACAGGGGAACCCCAGGUUUCCAGCCAUGUCCACUACCACCGCCACAGGCACCACCACUACAAAAAGCGUUUCCAGUGGCAUGGCAGGAAACCUGGCCCAGAUGCUGGGGUCCCCCAGUCCAGGUCUGCUGCUUCUCGGACACAGCCCCAGCCAGAGCCACCUGCUGCCCAGCAAACUGCCAAACUCACCCCAGCAACCACUGCAGGGCAGCUGCACAGCUCAUCGAGGCCCAGGGCCCUUAUGGAGCCUGUCCCUGCCCCCAUGGACCCCGCCAGCCCCCGUCCUGGCAGCCUCUUGCACUUGCAGAAACCCAGUGCCCCCGUCCGACACCCACAUCGGAAACGGCGAGGGGGUUCCUCACCCUCAGAGCCUACCCUAACUCCUCGCCCCCCACAGGACCUGACUGCACACUCGCCUUGCCAGAUUUUCCCACAUUGUGGCCAAGGCCUGACAUACUCUUGGUCCCCAGAGGCCCACCCAUUGAUUUUUGGACCUUCAGGCCUAGAUGGGAGACUGCUACCUGAGCCCCCAGGAUCCUGUUACUCAAGUUCACACCCAGUGUGGCUGUGUCUAACUCCACGCCAUCAUCUGGGCCCACACCAGUCUGGGGAGGGGCCUUCUGAGUGGAGCUAUGGUGCUCCUGAGGGCAAGCCAUGCCCUUACCCACACUGCUCGGUGCUGCCAGCCCAGCCUGGCUCAGAGGAGGAGCUGGAGGAGCUGUGCGAACAAGCUGUGUGAAAGAAAUGUCCAGGCUUAGCUCCAACCAA